AAGUUGGAGAAAUUAUUAAGUGAUAUAUAAAGGGUUAGGGCCAAUCCACUCAUUGCCAAUUGGUUUUGAGUUGGAAGCCCAUGAUAAGCCCGAAUUUAACAUGGUAUCAGAGCCACCGAUCGUUGGCCACCCUGUGGAUGUUGUUCCCACAUAUGCCCACGCUUCAGAUGUUCAUGUCUGAGCGUGAGGGAGGGUGUUAUUGAAGUCCCAUAUCGGGCCACCCCGUGGAUGUUGUUCCCACAUAUGCCCACGCUUCAGAGCCAACGAUGCAUGAGCGUGAGGGGGGUGUUAAUGAGAGAAAGUCCCACAUCGGAAGUUGGAGAAAUUAUUAAGUGAUAUAAAGUGUUAGGGCCAAUCCACUAAUUGCCAAUUGGUUUUGAGUUGGAAGCCCAUGAUAAGCCCGAAUUUAACAGUUAAUAACUUGGUUUGGACUCUCUGAUCUAUGGUUUAGUUAGUUAUGAUUUUGUUAUAGGAUAAACCCGUUAAUAACAUGGUUUGGGCUCUUUGAUCUCUUGAUUUAGUUAAAUAUGUAAGGCUUUAGCGACUUUCUAAAAACCCAAUCAAUCAAAUUAUCAAAACCCUUAAAUCUCCGUGUUACGAUUAUAGAUUCUCAAUCCUUGGAAGUGAUUCUUCUUCCUUGGUAAUCACUUUCUUGGCUGAGAUCUCCCUCGGUGAGUUCUAGAUCAGGGUUUUACUAUCAUCAACAAAUCCUGUCUCAUUCUUGUAGUUUACUCAACUGGUUGACACGACGCAAAUUCGACAAGAUCAUUAAGGAUGAGAUUGUUCAUACAAUAGGAGCAUCUCCCUCGGCUGUUAUCUUGAAGUCUCUAUUGUCUUGCGUUUUUGGAUAUGGAAACUGUGGAAAACUCCUAUGUAGCUCGUAUAUGCGUAGAGCUUUUUCAUGAGCUUCCCCAUCUUCCAUCAGAUGAAUCUCAGUGCGAAAUUACAACUCUUGAGAGACGGUUUUUGCGUAAUUGCCUAGUAGAGCUUGAAAACUCAUCCCCCAAAACAGAACCACUGACACAUGUUUAUGUUGAUGAAUCAAACUAUUGGAGAUUCAUCAAAACAGUUAGGGUUUUGGCUGAAGUUUUCAAGGAUAAGAAGAUCACUGAAACAACACGGAAAAGUUUAAUUCAGGCUAUAGAGUUGGAGAAUAAGUACAAUGACGAAGUCGAAGUCAAGCUUAGGGAAGGAGAAGAUGCACUUUCUAGAACAAAGGAAGAAGUAGAGAUGAUGGAACAGUUACUUGAGUCUUACAAGGAAGAACAAGGUAAAUUGCAACUUCAAGUUAAAGCCUUGGAGCACAAACAUGAAGCAGAGUUGCAGCGUAGGACAGAAACUGAAAUCGCGUUAGCCAUAGAACGUGAUUAUAUGCGUUGGAAGGCUGAGUAUUUCGAGAGCGAAUACAACGAAGAACUGGCACGCAGGAGAGAAGACGUGAAAGCGUUGGAGGGGUUAAAGCAACUGCAUGAAACUGUAAUAAUAGAAAAAAAGAACCUGAAUUCACAGGUGAUAACAUGGCAAGACAAGUACGACCAAGAGUCAAUUAUUAGAAAAAAAACAGAGGAUUCGCUUUCUACUAAAAUACUAGCGCUCAAGAUUGUCAAAGGAAUUGUCGAAUCGUACAAACAAGAAACAGAUGCAAUGCGACAAGAGAAGGACAAUGCUCUUAAAACAGCACAAGAGACAGUGCGCCUUCGUCAGCCUCCAUCAUCAUUUUUCUGCCCUAUAACACAGGAUGUCAUGGAAGAUCCACACAUGGCUGCCGAUGGAUUCACAUACGAAUUAGAAGCUAUUAAGAAAUGGAUUAGCACAGGUCACAAGACGUCGCCGAUGACAAAUCUCAAACUGUCACAUCUCAACCUUGUCCCUAACCGUGCUCUCUACUCUGCGAUUCAGGAGUUGCUUUGAUUCUUCUUGUUUAGCUAACUGGUUCACUCUGUAAGUACCAAGUUGAUAUUGGGCCUAUGAUGGGCCCAUGAGUCUAUUUAUGAGUCUUACUUCAAUUUGUGAUUGAUUGUAUUCUAAACCUUUUUUCGAAUAGGAGACUCAUAACCGGACCUUGUUUUCUUUUAUACAAUAUCCGAAAAUA